AUGCUUAACUCAUAUGAUUUCCAGACGAGAUCAGAUUGGACCACUAGCAGUGUUGGAGAAUUUGAGGAGGAAUCGAUUGUGGUAGAAAGCAACGUAACGGUUGGAGUUGCUUGUCGUUUGGGUAAUGUCGAGUUGACACGACAAUUACUAUAUGCUGGUUAUGGAGCGUUUCCAGAUGAUCGUUCCUGGUGGCCAAUUCAUGAAGCUGCUUACGGAUUGCAUUUGGAAUGUUGUAAAGUGCUUGUUGAGAGUGGACGUUGUGAUGUAAAUGCUCAAGCUCACGAUUCUGUUACACCACUGAUGCUGGUUUGCCGCAUGUCGUGGAGACAUGAUGAAGCUCUGGAAGUGGCGCGAUAUCUUCUUGAUAACGGAGCAAAUCCAAAUAGUCGAACUCUGGACGAAAUGACUCCAUUGAUUCAAGCUAUUAAAUCUAAAAAUACUGCUUUGGCUUUGUUAUUAAUUGACAGAGGUGCCAGUCCAUUAGACGUAUGGUAUGACGGAUGGUCGGCUCUGCACGAAUCUGCAGAUACUAAGGAUUUGGUCAUGAUGCGACGAUUAAUCAAUUUAGGGGCAGAUAUUUUUGCUGUCGAUACGAAGAGACAUACAGCACUGAUGGUUGCUGUGCAGGAGAAUUUUUACUCUGGUGUAAAACUGCUUUUAAAAGUAGCCGGAGAUAGGGCAGCCGAACUAGCUGAUAUAUCAGUAGAGAAUGGAUUAACUUGUGUCAUGGCUGCUGCUGAUGCUGGAUUUGAGAAUAUUCUCCAGUUACUAAUAAAUUACGGAGCGGAUUGUAACAUAACUCAGCAUCCGAUUUGGGGCGAUGAUGGUAGCCGAAUACAUGCGAUUGCUGCUGCUGCUCUAAAUAAUCACCCAAAGUGUGUGGAAUUACUUAUACCUCAUGUUAAUAAGGAAAUAUUGAAGCAAACAGAAGUCGAUCCAGUAUCAGCAGCUGCGUAUAGUGGAUCAUAUGAAUCCAUAUGUUUGUUACUCGAUGCUGGUUUUUCGACCGAGGUUCCUAUGUGUUCAUGUGAACCAGUUGGCAUGAUCAUUCCAUAUCUACGGCCGUUAUUUUCACGUCGGUAUCAUACGCCGUUACGUGAAGCCGUUCGGAAAGGAUACACUUCAAUUGUUGAAAUACUUCUUAAAGCUGGAGCUAAGAUGACAUAUAUAAAGAACUGUUUCUCGCCGUUUUUGUUCUCAUUUCGAAAUCGUAUCGAUCCCGUAAUCCUGUACAAAUUUUUGGAAAACGAUGUUGACAUCAAUGCCAUGAGUAUUGAGCGGACAUGCGACGUACCGGAUGCAUUGGUUAGUGCUUUAGGUACCUGUAAUCGGCGACAGCUGCUUUUACUUUUGAGUUGUGGUUUGGAUCCAGCUUUGAAGAAUUGGUGCAAAUGCAAAAAUGGUUAUUCAUUGAUGUAUGAUGUUAUGCAGACAACAUAUGUUGCGGAUGUUAAUAAAUUGAUGAAACUUUUGUUGCUUUUCUCGCCUAAUAUUCCAAGUUGCUGUAAUGAGGUGGCAGAAGUUGUCGGCGUUCAGCCUAAGAUUCCAGAACUUUUGCAUUUAUGUCGUCUUGCUGUACGGAAGUGUUUCUCGACAUCAAAACUCUUACAUGGUCGUUUUUUGAAUAAUCUUCCCAUUCCGAAGUCUUUGAGAGAUUACAUGACUUUCCAGCCUAUUCCAGAAGAAUUACUGCCGAGUUAGCUUACCUCGAAACCUUCAGAUUGCUGUUCAUUGAAAAUUGCCAACCCUUGUUCUCUUUUUU